GAAGUUUCUUGGGCCCCCGGCGGCCCGCGGGACAGAACGCAGAGAGCCACCGCCCGGCCGGGUGUGGAUGGAGGUGGCGAAGCCCGCGCGGCGCGGGGAGUGAGCAGCGGAGCUGCGGGACCUCAGCGGACUCGCGAUGGAGGAGGAGGGUGUGAAGGAAGGGGGCGAGAAGCCUCGGGGAGCACGGAGGGCAGACAAGGCUGGCUGGAUCAAGAAGAGCAGUGGUGGCCUCCUGGGGCUUUGGAAAGACCGGUAUCUUCUCCUCUGCCAGGCCCAGCUGCUGGUCUACGAGAACGAGGAUGAGCAGAAGUGUGUGGAGACAGUGGAGCUGGGCAGCUACGAGAAGUGCCAGGACCUUCGUGCCCUCCUCAAGCGGAAACACCGCUUUAUCCUACAGCGAUCCCCGGGGAACAAGGUCAGCGACAUCAAAUUUCAAGCAACCAGUGGGGAGGAGAAGGAAUCCUGGAUCAAAGCCCUCAAUGAAGGGAUCAACCGAGGCAAGAACAAGGUUUUUGAUGAGGUGAAAGUGGACAAGAGCUGUGCCCUGGAGCACGUGACACGGGACCGGGUGCGUGGGGGCCAGCGGCGCCGGCCACCUACAAGAGUCCACUUGAAGGAGGUAGCCAACGCAGCUUCUGAUGGGCUUUUGCGCCUGGACCUCGAAGUUCCAGAUAGUGGGCCACCGGUGUUUGCCCCCAGCAAUGAUGUCAGUGCAGCCCAGCCCCGGGAGAUACUCAAGCCCCCUAUGCCUCCUACCAAGCCUUCCCCAGCACCUGAAACGACCAGCCUUGGUGACAGCAUGGAGACCCCUGCUGGGGAGGGAGCCCCAUCCCCUGUCUCAGCAAGCUCUGAGUCCCACCCUGGGAGCCAAGAGGACUCAGAGACUCCAGAGCAGGACAGUGGCUCUGAGCAGCCCCCCAACAGGGUUCUGCCGGACAAACUGAAAGUGAGCUGGGAGAACGCCAACCCCAAGGAUCCCCCUGACUUUGAGAGUACAGAAAUCCAGGUUCCCCGCUCUGAGACUCCUGAAGCUGUGCCCAAGGAGGGUGGGAAGCCCCCUACACCUCCACCCAAGAUCUUAUCAGAGAAACUGAGAGCCUCCGUGAGUAGGAUGGAGGCUUCUGGGCCAGCCCAGAGUCCUGAGGCCUCUGAGACCUCUGCCCCAGACCCAGCAGAGAUUUCAGUGAAUGGCAUGGAUGACAGUCCCAAGCCCAUCAAUCCACCCCAGGCCUCAGGCAUCUCAAAAACGACACCAGAGGAUGCAACAACACCCACAGCACUGCCCCGCUGGGACCUGCCACCUCAUUUCCAUCCCCGCUGUUCUUCCUUGGGGGACCUCCUUGGGGAAGGCCCGCGGCGCCCACGGCAACCUGGAGAACGGCUGUAUCGGGCCCAGCUGGAGGUGAAGGUGGCCUCAGAACAGACAGAGAAGCUGCUGAACAAGGUGCUGGACAGUGAGCCGACCCCCGUAAGUGCUGAGACAUUGCUCAGCCAGGCUGUGGAGCAGCUGAGGCAGGCCACCCAAGUCCUGCAGGAAAUCAGAGAUCUGGACGAGCUGAGCCAGGAAGCACCUGGGCUAAAGGAGAAGCGGAAGGAGCUGGUGACCAUCUACAGGAGAAGUGCACCCUAGGGCCUGCUGGGCCAGGGCACGGUCCCUCCUAGUCUGCCCAGUCCAUCACUGCCCAACCCUGCCAAAAAACAUGCUUCUGCUCAGGCUGCAGAAGGGCCAUUAGGCAUGUUGGGGGCAUGGCCAGGACCUGCAGAUUCCUGGCAUCCUUCCCACCCUGCUCUGGCCAGUGUGGCCAGGUGCCACCCAGGGCCACUAUCUGGCCCAGCCUCUAGGCUCUGGGCUUGGGCUGGGAGCACACACUUGGUUGCUUGCAUGGUUGUUCUGAACUGCCCCAGGGCUUUAGCAUGGCACUUGGGGUUUCUGGGGGUGACAUCAUCUCUGCUUCCCACCCCCAGUAGUUUACAUUCCUGACUUCUGAAUAGAGCACAGCUGAGCCCCCCUGCAGCUCCCAUGUCCACAUGUUCCCGGGCAGAGAGCCUUAUGGCAGAGGCAGCUCCGAGCCCUAAGCAACCCUCCCCACACACCUACUAUAACUAGCUGCCAAGGCCUUGGGUCCAAGCUCUAGGUUCUUCCCUCAGCUGAGUGAGACCUGGAAUCCAGCUAGGGCCUGUGCCAGCAGGUGGGAGGCAGCUGUGUGAGAAUGCCAUUGGAUGUGUGGCUCCUUUCUGGGCUUGUUUCCCAUUCUGCAGGCCUUCCCCUAUGGUGAGCUAUGAUUGGAGGAUUCCAGGGUGGAGGACAAACUCAAGGGUCUUGUAGUCUAGUCUCUAUCCCUGAACCAGCCUGUGUCCAGCCUUGCACAUUCCUGUAGAGGUGAGCCUGAGAAUGGCUCUGAAGUCAACAUCAGAAAAUCCCUUAUAUACUUCAUUAUAAAUCAACCUUCAGAAGAGAAGCCACCUCAAUUUCCGUGCCUCCCCAGAUGGGAUUUAUAUCUGUGUCUCUGGUUCCACCUCCACCAAAACAGGUCCAAUAUCCCAAUCAUUUGUUUGAAUGCUGAUGGGGGUAUGCUGGGGCCUGAAAUAACUUACCUUUUCCCUGUUCCCCCCACUCCUCUGGCUCAGGCCCCAGAUGGACUGCUCCUCCUGAACUUCCUUGUGGAACGGGCAUUGUCUUCUGUCCCUUUCCUGGUCCAUGCUUGCCUGGGCCUCUCUCUCUCUUUGUCCCACCUCCCUCCCCCAACACCCCCCCCCCAGUUGUCCCUGGCUCUGGGGAUCCAUCCAGUCCCUGUGUAGGUGCAGAGCCCCCCAAGGGCCACAGCCGCCCUCCCUGGGGCCUGUGGGAGUGGGAGCAGCUUCUGACAGGUCUGCUCAGGGGGUUUCUGCAUAUGCACUUUUAUUUACUGAAAAAGGAGAAGGGAGGGUCAUAGCUGCAUGCCCCGGCCUUUCUGUCCACUGCCCCAUCACCAGUCGUGCCCACUGAGACCUGCCAAUGCAGGUCAAUGCCUUCUUUACUGUACUUCUACUUUGUUCUUGAGGAUAAUGGCCAGGGAUCAAGAAGGGCAGAUGUCUACUCUGCAGCCUGUCCUAGGCAGGGUGGAGGUGAACAGCAAUGUCCUGACUCACGAGGCCCCACUGGUCUCCUCAAACUACACUCCAUGGACAAAACUGGGCUCCCAUGCCACAGUCUGCCUGUCCGUCUGCCUUCAGUAGGAGAGCAAGGAUGUUAUCAUGUGCCCAUGUCACAUGGCCCCCUGCAGUCUUCUCUUGGGGAACAGCUUUCCCCCCACCAGCAGCCUGGGCUGGGGCUUUAGCCAAGUCACCUGUUUCCAGGGACUAGAGCCUCAGUUUCUUCCUCUGAGAAGUGACCAGAUUAAGCAAGUAGCUCUGGGGCCAUCUCAGUGACCUAAUGCCAUUGGUUCCUAUGGAGUCCCCAUGCCAUGGUGGCCUGGGCCCCAAGGGGAAAGCUAGCUUCAAUGGGAAGGGUAGAAGGUUGGGGAAUAUACAGGGGCUGCCUUGCCUGCCUCCUUGUGGAGGAUGGCAUUCCAUGUCUUCUGUCAUGAAGCGCCUUUCUCGAAGUUUGGCAAUAAAUCCCUUUUUAUGGAACUUCUCUGCCGCAAGCCUGUUUGUUAGUGUGGGGAUGAGCUCUAGGGCUGGCCUCAAGGAAGCAGAGGGUAGGCAGGGGUUGGUCAGCGACAUCACCAGUCUUUUAAGUUUCAUUCUAGGGCUCCCUUCCCAUAGGCUGGGCCCCAUCUUUGCUAAACUCAGCCAGGCCCUCCAAUUUUACCCGCUCCCCACCCCCACAUACACUGUUUCUAUAGCUGGGAGCUAAGUGUCAUAAAGAACACUUGAAUUUUUAGAGACUAUUUAGAAAUUAUUUCCAACAGAAAAUUUGCAAGAAUAAGAACAGUACAAAGAGAACCCAUGUGUUAUCAGACCCAUUGGUUUAUCUUUUGAGUGCUUUCUGUCUUUAACAUAUAUAUUUUUUCUGAAUCACUGAGGAACUCAUUUUCAUGGUCCCUUAUCCCUAAAUACUUCAGUGAGCAUUUCCUAAAUAUAUUCUUUCAUAUAACCAUAAUACAGUUAUCAACUUCAGAAAAUUUAACAUUGGUGUACUUAUUAUUGUUCUUAUUCCAUUUUUGUCAUUUGACCCAAUAAUCUCAUUUAUAUUUUUCCUUCAGUAUAGGCUUAAGUAUUGCAUACAUGUCUCUCUAGUCUCCUUUAAUCUGAAAUGUUUCCACAGACUUUGUGGCUGUGAUGUGGAUACAUUU